AUGUCCGACAACAGGGAGCUACUGCAAACCGGCUGCCAUGCCUAUAUCGAAGGCAUUCACACUUCAUAUGGAUACAUCCCAUCUCUAGGAGCAGGUAUUGCCUACUGCGUACUCUUCGGUCUCUCAAUGAUCAUCCACACAGUCCAAUUCACCUGGAAGCGACAAUGGUGGGCAAGCGUGUUUAGUGUUGGAUGUUUGGUCGAAGUAAUCGGCUGGGCCGGUCGUACCUGGUCAGCUAAAUGUCCAUACAAUGGAGAUGCCUUCAUAAUGCAAAUCUGCACCCUCAUCAUCGCCCCAACUUUCUUCACGGCAGGAAUCUACGUCCUCCUAGGUCGCUUCAUCCAACUCCUCGGCCCCAAAUCCUCCAUCUUAACACCGAAGUUAUACCUCUGGAUCUUCUGCACCUGCGACGUAAUCUCGCUCGUUGUCCAAGCUAUCGGCGGCGGUAUGGCCUCCCAACAAGCCGACAAAAUCGACGGCGACACCGCGCCCGGCACGCACAUCAUGGUCGCUGGCAUUGUCUUCCAGCUUUUCUCGAUCACCAUCUUUGUCUUCUGUGCGGCUGAUUUCAUCCGCCGGGUUAUGCGCAAGCGUCUGCUGAAGACGGUGAACGGCCCGGUUAUCCCCCUGUUCGCCGCGAUGAUACUAUCCAUCGUCUGUAUCUAUAUUCGGAGUAUAUAUCGUACGAUCGAGUUGUCGCAGGGAUGGGAUGGUUACCUCAUUACUCAUGAGACGUACUUUAUUGCGCUUGACGGAGCUAUGAUGGUUCUUUCGGUGGCUGUGUUUAAUGUGUUGCAUCCCGGAUGGAUGUUGCCUAGUGAGAAGCCUGAUUCAUAUAAGAUGGAGACGACUUCGGUUGAUCGAUCGGAAAGGUACCAGGGCCCACCUACUCACUGGUGA